CUUAUCUCAUCCAACAAAAUGUCUGAUACCACUUUCACCCUCAAUACUGGAGCUAGGAUCCCCGCGGUGGGCCUUGGGACGUGGCAGAGCAGUCCGGGAGAGGUCAAGAAAGCUGUUGCGCAUGCGUUAAAGUCUGGGUACAAGCACAUCGAUUGCGCAUUCGUGUAUGGCAACGAAGCAGAAGUUGGCGAGGGUCUCAAGGAAGCCUUCGAGGCGGGCAUCAAGCGCGAGGAGAUAUUCAUAACAUCAAAACUUUGGUGCUCACACCACCGCAAAGCUGAGCAGGGUCUGGACGAAAGUCUGAGGAGACUCGGGCUUGAUUACGUCGAUCUCUACCUCAUGCAUUGGCCCGUGCCGAUGAAUCCGAAUGGAAACGACCCGCUGUUUCCGAAGCUUGCCGACGGAUCAAGAGAUUUGGACACGGAGUGGUCGCAUGUCAAGACAUGGCGAGAGAUGGAGAAGCUAGUGAAGACCGGAAAGACCAAGGCGAUCGGCGUCUCGAAUUACAGCGUGAAGUUCCUCGAAGAGCUUCUCCCACAAGCAUCAAUCGUCCCUGCUGCCAACCAGAUUGAGAAUCACCCGUAUCUCCCCCAGGAAGAGAUUCACCAAUUCUGCAAAGAGAAGGGCAUCCUGAUCGAAGCGUACAGCCCGCUUGGAAGUACAGGCAGCCCGCUCUUCCAAAAGGAAGGCGUGCAAGAGAUUGCGAAGAAGCACAAUGUCGGCGCAGGCACUGUGUUGAUAUCGUAUCAAGUGAGCAAAGGCCAUGCCGUUCUUCCCAAGUCCGUCACGCCAUCGCGAAUUGAGGAGAACCUCAAGGUUGUCAAGCUCGAUGCCUCGGAUAUGGAAGCUCUGGAGAGCAUCCACAAGAAGGAGGGCUUGAAUCGAUUCGUGUAUCCCGCCUUUGGCGUGAAUUUGGGCUUCCCAGACAAGCAGUAG